UUAAUACCGCGCCGCCUGAGUUCAGCGCGUUUGCACGGCGAUCGCCUGAGGGAAUUGUCGGCGCGAGACACUUUUUCACGAAAUUAGAAUAUUAAUUUUGCAAGUAUCGUCGGAAGCAUUUGGUGUAUACAGUUUAGAUGUGUUUACUCUAGUGUUUAAUUAACUAAUUGUUUAGAGAAAAGUUGUAAAAGGUAUGUCAAAAUUGAAAAAUUAUCUCCGCUUUUGUGAUUUUCUGGAAUUUCCACUCGGCGUUACGUAAUAUUUCUGUUUUUAAAACGUGUGAGAACAACAUUAAUUACAAUUUGUUGCCAGACGUUUGCCAGACAUUUAAAUUCUCACUCCGCUCACUUUGCUUUCUGUUACGUCGUUUCUCUUCCACGUUACCACGCUAUUAUCUCUAAACCUGUAUAUUACCGACGUCCUUCUACGAUUCUUGAAACUGGAUAAUGAAACUGGCAUAAAUUAUAUUUAACAAACUUGAGCUCGCGCACGCCCAACUAAGUAUUUUAACUGUAAAUACAAUUAUUUGCACGACUGACUGCACUUGACAUUAUUUCGAUAAUUUUGCGCAGCGCAGAAUGUUAUUCUCAACUUAUCUUUUUACUUAGAAAAAGAGCUCAGCGAUGUGAAAAGUUUCAGGUUUUUGACUUCGGUAGUUUUUAAUUAUCGAAGCGAGUGCUAUAUUAAAUAUGAAAGAGGAAUAUAGGAGAAUUGAAAAUUUUGUUCACGCGAUUCUGAUUUCACCGAUUUCCAAACCGCAGAACGACGUCGAUCGUUCCGGUUUCAAACGAGCCAUAUUACGACUUAAAGUCGUAAAUAGAUAAAAACCCUCCCGUUCUCCCGGAUUUUUAUCAGCCAAUCCUGAUUCGCUAUCGGAUUCUUCGACAAUUUAGAACGAUCGAACGGUGAGAGAAUCGAGCUCGCUCUCGCGAGUGUUUGCGUUUCUGGGCUCGUUCCUGAUAGCGUUCCUCGGUUGAACGAUCGCGAUUCCUCGUGUUACGUGUACACGGCGAAUCGCUGUGCUACUCGCGCCGACAAUCCGUGCUUGUGAAAGUGAGAUCUCGCGGAUCGAGUUGCAAUUUGAUCGGAUAAUAAACGUGCGUCGCGAUGUCGACAACGGACACCCCGAAGGUGGCGUCGAGACGUCGCUUGAAUCCGGCUGUUCUCGCCAGAUACGAUUGUCAGAAGAAUCAGGAGUCUCAACAGAUUCAGACGAAGCGUGAGCUGUUCUUUAAGGGCGAUGGCGCGGGAAUAAUCUCGUCACCGUCGGUGCCGUCGGUGCCACCACCGCAGCCGCCAACGCAGACCCCCGGGUCUCAGGUGAACAAUUCGGUGGCGAACGCCACGACAACCAGCAGCCUCACGUCGCCGAACACGGCGCCGGUGUACUCCAGCGGCGGGGGCCUGACCGGACUCAACGCGAAAUCGCGGCUGCCAUCUGCGGCGACGACGACAAUCCCGAACGAUGCCUCGGAGGACAGCAACAGGCGCGAGUCGGCCCGUACCGCGAUCUCUUCCAAGGAGGACAGUAACAAGGAGACGAGUUUGUUGCACCAUGCGCGGCCCACGCCACCCAUCAAGCCCAAGGAACUCGACGGCUACGUCGGCUUCGUGAACCUUCCCAAUCAGGUGUACAGGAAGGCCGUGAAGAAGGGCUUCGAAUUCACGCUCAUGGUCGUAGGAGAGUCGGGACUUGGCAAAUCCACUUUGAUCAACUCCAUGUUCCUGGCGGAUAUAUAUAGUGCCGAAUAUCCCGGACCCAGUCUCAGGAUAAAGAAGACGGUUGCCGUGGAAACCAGCAAAGUACUGUUGAAAGAGAGCGGCGUCAAUCUCACCCUCACGGUUGUCGAUACCCCUGGUUUCGGUGAUGCUGUAGAUAACAGCAACUGUUGGGUGCCUGUAAUCGAUUACAUCGAGUCAAAAUAUGAGGAGUUUCUCAAUGCAGAGUCUCGCGUAACGAGACGACAGAUCCCAGAUAGUCGGGUGCACUGUUGUCUCUAUUUCGUUGCACCCUCCGGCCAUGGACUGAAGCCGCUCGACGUAGAGUUCAUGCAGCGUCUCCACGACAAAGUAAAUAUCAUACCUGUUAUCGCCAAGGCGGACACUAUGACGCCGGAUGAAUGCGCACAUUUCAAAAAACAGAUCUUGAACGAGAUUGCGCAACACAAAAUAAAGAUCUAUGAAUUCCCGGAGGUCGAUGAGGAAGAGGAGGAUAACAAAUUUCACAAAUUGUUAAGGGACAGAGUUCCGUUCGCGGUCGUGGGGGCAAAUACUGUCGUCGAACACGACGGGAAGAAAGUACGGGGCAGAAAAUAUCCAUGGGGAGUUGCAGAAGUUGAGAACCUGGAACAUUGCGACUUUAUUGCGCUCCGAAACAUGGUAGUAAGGACGCACGUGCAGGACUUAAAAGACGUGACGAACAACGUACACUAUGAGAACUUCCGGUGUCGUACUUUGGCCGGUCUAGGCGUAGAUGGCAAACCAACGAAAGCCUCGAACAAUUUGUGCCCUCCAGGAGUGAUGAACAGUUUCAUGACGGUGUGGAACCCAUUGGCGCAGCUGGAAGAGGAGAAGCGUGAACACGAUAACAAGAUGAAAAAGAUGGAAACGGAAAUGGAACAAGUCUUCGAGAUGAAAGUUCGUGAAAAGAGGCAAAAGCUGAAAGAUUCCGAGGCAGACUUACAGAGAAGGCACGAACAAAUGCGACGCUCGUUGGAGCAGCAAGUGCGUGAGCUGGAGGAGAAGAGACGAGCAUUCGAGGCGGAGAAAACUGCCUGGGAGCAGCAGACCGGCCAUAGUAUUGAAGAAUUACGUAGACGCAGCUUAGAAGCGAAUUCGAAAGAGGCUGUCGACGGUAAAGAUAAGAAGAACAAGAAGAAAGGCCUCUUCUAAUCGUGUCGAUCGGCAAGAAAAACAGACGGCGAGAAAGAGAGCAGGCAGGAACAAUCCUAUUCUGGCGUGGUUGUUGCGUUCUCUGCAACAUUAUUUAUCGACGAUUUAUACAUUGACGAAUACGAGUUAGGUAGUUUUGAUCAACGACAGGUUCGAUCGGCGCGCAAUGUGGAAAUUCUCGAGUUCAUGGAAAAAUCGACAAUUUUUUUGCGUGCUUAACAGGGCGAUAAUCAGAAAAAUAUCCACCCGCUAAAGUUCGCAAGAGUUGAGAAAGGGCGAAACUGAAGAUGUACGAAAGAUGUAAGCGAUGUACCGAGAGAUUUAUGAAAGACUUAUAGAAUCAAAGCGUUUCAAAAUAUGAAGCAUUUGCGAUAAUCUGAUCUCUAGCACUGUUGAUCUAUUGUGAGAAUCCACGUACAUCUUAGUUUCUGCGUCCAAAGAUUCUUCGAUCCGAGAAUCUUGAAUGACUGUGUAAGAUCGACUGGUUGCAGAUCAGCUACGGUAUCCUUGUCGAUAUGAAUCGUCUUGAGCUGUAUGGAGAUUCACGUGGAUGCCCUGCGUUUUCGUUUCGUUGUUCGCUGAUUCGUCCGCCUGCGCUGUUUCGCGUUUCCCAUCUGAUAUCCAAAAGGAAAGGAGAUAAGAGAGAGAAAGAGAAUAAAAGAUGCACAAUCGUUCUUUCACGCUCAUCAGCAUUUAACCGCGAUCGCCAUCAUUUCACGAUAACAACUGUACAAAAAA